AUGGGUUCCAUCGGCCAGACCGCCAAGCGGCAACCCCUAGAGCUUCGGGGACAUCUCAAAAAGUUCAAAUCUUUUAACUGCACGCCCGUUCUUGGAACUGAGUUUCCAGAUGCAAAAUUGGCAGAAUGGCUCCAGGCGCCAAAUGCAGACGAUCUGAUAAGAGAUUUGGCCAUCACAGUCUCGCAACGGGGAGUUGUGGUCUUUCGAUCGCAAACCGAUCUCACAGACGAGCUGCAGAAAACCUUGGUUCAGAAGCUCGGAGAGCUGACCGGAAAGCCAUCGGACUCAAGUUGGCAUAUCCACCCUCUUGCCAAAUACAGCGCCACUGGAGAUAAAACGCGGCACCUGAUCACUACCGACCCAAGCAAAAAGCCGGCUGAAGACCGUUUCAAUAACCAGGCUCAACAGCCCAUGGGUGUUCGGGCCGCAUGGCACACCGAUAUCAGUUACGAACCAAAUCCGGCAGACUAUAGUAUGCUGAAGAUGAUUCAGCUCCCGGAGCGAGGUGGAGACACCCUGUACGCCUCAUCCUACGAGAUCCUCGACAAGAUCUCCCCUGCUUAUCGGGGAUUUCUCGAGACACUCACGGCGACCUUUGCGCAGCCACGGUACCGCCAGUCGUCUGAGGAGAAAAAGUGCGAGAUCCACCUGGAGCCCCGCGGCUCGCCAAAAAAUAUCGGUAGCGAUCUCAGCGCUGUUCACCCAGUGGUGCGAACCAACCCGGUAACUGGAUGGAAGAGUCUGUACGGGGCUGGGAUGCACACUCAAAGAAUCAAUGAGGUGACCACAGAGGAGAGUCGUCGACUGCUCGAUUGGUUGCUGCAAAUGGUUGUCGAAAACCACGAUCUUCAAUUCCGGCACAAUUGGAAGAACCCAUAUGACGUUGCUAUUUGGGAUAACAGGUCGGUGUUUCACGCCGGAAUCAUGGACUACAAGGGACAGGGACCUCGCACGGGUCAUCGCUAUGUUGGAGUGGGCGAGGAGCCUUACCUGGAUCCUGAGAGCAAGACUCGUCGUGAAGCCCUAGGUGACUUCAGUUAG